GACUCACGCGGAGGUGAAUCCACUUUAUUUCUCCCCGCCCUGCCGAGGAAGACUGUCCGCAGGAUUCAUCCUUGCUUCAAGUCGGUGUCUCUUCCCAGCUCCCAUGGGGACCACUGAAGCCACGCUCCGGAUGGAAAACGUGGACGUGAAGGAAGAAUGGCAGGACGAAACUCUGCCCAGGCCACUCUCGGAAGAGACGGGGAUGGACUUGCUUGGCAGUGCCACAGAAGACACAUCCUCCCCUCCCAACACUCUGAACUUCAACGCGGCUCAUCGUAAGCGGAAGACGCUGGUGGCCCCCGAGAUCAACAUCUCCCUGGACCAGAGCGAGGGCUCCCUGCUGUCCGAUGACUUCCUGGACACCCCCGAUGACCUGGAUAUCAACGUGGAUGACAUCGAGACCCCAGAUGAGACCGACUCGCUGGAAUUCCUGGGGAAUGGCAAUGAAUUGGAGUGGGAAGAUGACACCCCCGUGGCCGCCGCCAAGAAUAUGCCUGGGGAUAGUGCGGACCUGUUCGGGGAUGGCUCGGCAGAGGACGGCAGUGCCGCCAACGGGCGUCUGUGGCGGACAGUUAUCAUUGGGGAGCAGGAACACCGGAUUGACCUGCACAUGAUCCGGCCCUACAUGAGGGUGGUGACCCACGGAGGGUACUACGGGGAAGGUCUCAACGCCAUCAUUGUCUUUGCCGCCUGCUUCCUCCCAGACAGCAGCUCCCCCGACUACCACUACAUCAUGGAGAACCUCUUCCUGUACGUCAUCAGCAGUCUGGAACUCCUUGUGGCCGAGGAUUACAUGAUCGUGUACCUGAAUGGUGCCACGCCUCGGCGGAGGAUGCCCGGCAUCGGCUGGCUGAAGAAGUGUUACCAGAUGAUUGAUAGGAGACUGCGCAAAAACCUGAAGUCCUUAAUCAUCGUCCAUCCAUCCUGGUUCAUCCGCACCGUGCUGGCCAUCUCCCGCCCUUUCAUCAGCGUCAAGUUCAUCAACAAGAUCCAGUAUGUGCACAGCUUGGAAGAUCUGGAGCAGCUCAUCCCCAUGGAGCACGUGCAGAUCCCAGACUGCGUGCUACAGUACGAAGAGGAAAGGCUCAAAGCCAGGAGAGAAAGCGCAAGGCCGCAGCCAGAGUGCGUCCUGCCCAGGUCUGAAGAGAAGGUGGAGGCGGGGCUGGCGGAGGACAGGUCUGCUCUGGCCACAGAAGAUCAGGAAACAAGAACAGCCCCCGCAGCCCUGGGCAUCUGGCCUGGAAACUCAGCCCCCACCCCCAGCAGCGCCGUGCCCCCCGGGCACUGCCCAGCCUUUGAACUCACAGCUUUUCCUUUGAACAGCCCUCCCCUUGCCUCCUAUAACUUCCACCUUCUUAGGGAGCAUCGGAGCCCACAGCACCAUGAGGUGCCCUUCACGGAGAAGGUCGCUUCACCGGGGCUGGGAGGGGGCCUCAAGUGGAGGGGGCCUCAAGUAGAGGGGGCGAGCUGGCAUGGAGGCGGCGAGGAAGAGGUGUUGAAGAUGGCAGAGCUGGUGCUGGGAUCAGGGGGCGAGUCCUGCCUGAGGCCACUAGGCACCCGGGACACAUCAGAGAACAAGACACAUCUGGCCCUGCCUGCCCGGGAGGGAAUGGGGAUCCAGAAAGGCUUCCUGGAGGAGGGGACGGACGUCCAAGCUGACACAGGAUGGCUUAGUCAAAGUUAG